CUACUUUACAGUAAACACUCCACAACGCGACGUCGGGCUCCUUAUCAAUAAUAUGAGAAAGAGAAAGUUGUUAUUCACGUUAUUUUUACAUUCGUGUGUAACAGGUUCACGUUUGCAAUAAAUUUUUUCAAUAUUCGUCUAAAGAAACGUUCAAGAUGAGCGACUCUUUAGUGUGCGUUAAAGAUUUCGAAAAAUAUGCCCGUUUGAUAUUGUCUAGAAACACACUAGACUACUAUAGAUGUGGAGCUGGGGAUGAAGAAACAUUAGCUCACAAUCGUAAAGCUUUCUCGAAGUAUAAAAUAAGACCGCGUUGUCUAAGAAAUGUGGCCAACAGAGACCUUUCAACAACUAUUUUGGGAAGAACAGUGAAAAUUCCCAUCGGAGUUUCUCCAACGGCUUUUCAGAAAGUCAUACAUCCCGACGGAGAAUAUGGUACUGCCAGAGCUGCUGAAGCGAUGGGCACUGUUUUCAUUUUAAGCAUAGUAGCGUCUUGUACUAUAGAAGAAUUGGGAAAAGCAGUACCUAACGGCAAUAACUGGUUACAGCUAUAUGUCUACGCUGAUAAAGAAUUCACCCAAACGUUAGUGAAACGGGCUGAAGAGUCAAAUUUUAAAGCACUGGUGAUUACAGUGGACACACCCCUUCUUGGCAGACGCUUAGCCAACAUUAGGAACAAAUUUGUUGUUCCAAAACAUGUGAUUUUACCAAACCACAUGCGUGGUCGCCAACUUUUCAAUCCUAGCUCAGACUGGAAUGAUAUUAAAUGGCUAAAAAGUAUUACGAAACUUCCAAUAAUCUUAAAAGGUAUUCUUACAGCUGAAGAUGCAAUUAUUGCUGCGGACGUCGGUGUUGAUGGUAUUUUGGUAUCAAAUCAUGGUGGAAGGCAAUUAGAUGGUUCACCAGCUACGAUCGAGGUUCUACCUGAAAUUGUAAAAGCGGUAGGUGAUAGACUUGAGGUUUACGUGGACGGAGGAAUAACAAAUGGUUCUGAUGUAUUCAAAGCUUUGGCGUUGGGGGCCAGAAUGGUGUUUAUGGGACGAGCUCCGAUUUGGGGAUUAGCGCACAGUGGUGAAGAAGGUGUUAAAAAAGUGCUCGAUAUAGUUAAAACGGAGUUAGACGGUGCUUUAGCUAUUGCGGGGUCUGCGACCCUAAAAGAUAUAGAACCUGGAAUGGUGGUGCCGAAUUCGUAUUACAGUAAACUAUAAUAUUUAUUGUAAAUUUAAAUCAUAUUUGAAAUAAGAUUUCCAGUAUCGCAUGGAAAC